GUCUCUUAUCAGAGUGACAGAGCCUGUCGAUAAGCACCUUACAGCUUCUGACCGCCCGGCAGAACUGGCAGGAGCCUCCAAAAUUUCUGGAGAGCACGGUACGCGCAGGCUCAGGCUCGUUCCUUUUCAUCAUCGGCGAUUGAGGCGGUCCAAUCGCACCACAACACAACAGCCAUCAUGUCGGGGUUAAAACCAGAAGUCCUGCGUUUCACUGGCCACAGGGCCUUCACCCACCGCCUCGUGUUGGCCACAUUAACCGGCCGACCAGUGCAUAUCUCCAAGAUCCGCUCCUCGUCUCCAACCAACCCGGGCCUGGCUCCACACGAGGUCUCCUUCCUCCGCCUACUCGAGGCAGUCACCAACGGCAGCGUCAUCGACGUGUCCUACACCGGCACGACCGUCAUGUACCAGCCCGGUCUCAUCACCGGCACCGUGCCCGGCGUGGGCGCCGCACUCCCGAGCGACACCAUCGAGCACGUCCUGCCCGCCAAUUGCACCCGCGCCGUCACCUACUUCCUCAUCCCGCUCGCCCUCCUCGCGCCCUUCUCAAAGGGCCACAUGAACGUGCGCUUCUCCGGUCCGGGCGUCAUCACCUCCGCCACACACGGCACGGGCGACAUGUCGAUCGACACCUUCCGCACGGCGGUUCUGCCCCUCUACUCGCUGUUCGGCAUUCCGGUCGAGCGGAUCAACCUGACCGUGCUGACGCGGUCCUGUCCCGGCCCGGCCGGCAAGGGCGGCGGUGGCGUGGUGGAACUGCGCUUUGCCAGCCAGGUGCGCCUGCCCAAGACAUUGCACCUGAACAGGCGCCCUGGCAGGAUAAAGAAGAUAUACGGCGUCGCAUACUGUACCGGCGUGUCCGCAAGCCAUAAUAAUCGAAUGAUCACCUCGGCGAGAGGGGUGCUGAAUCAGUUGUGCUCAGACGUGCGCAUUGCGGCGCAGUAUGAUACGGCGCCGCUCGUGGCGGAGAAGGGGAGCGCGCAAAAGAAGAAGAUCGGAAUCGGUUUCGGGCUGAGCCUGGUCGCUGAGUCCAGUGCGGCGGGAGUGAUAUAUGCGGCGGACGAGGUGGCGCCGCCGCAGGGAGGAGUGGUGCCCGAGGAUAUUGGCACCCGAUGUGCGUACCAGCUGCUCGAGGUCAUUGCGCAGGGUGGCUGCGUGAUGGCGGCCGCUGCGCCUACAGUAUUGACACUGAUGGCUAUGGGGUCUGAGGACGUGGGGAGAGUGAGGCUGGGAAGGCACGUCGUAGGGAGCGAGGAAAUAAUAGGGCUGGCGAGGGACUUGAAGGUGUUUGGCGGGAGUAGCUGGGGUAUAUCGGAUGCAGGCGAUGACGACGGGAACGGCGAUCUGAAAGUAUCGGUGAAAGGCACAGGGGUUGGUAAUGUCGGCCGGAAAGUAGCGUGACAAAAUCCAACUCUCUCUUUCAGAAGGUGCGCUCUUGCAGAUCAAAUGAGGCCCA